AGCUUGGGUUUAUUUCUUUAUUUUGGGUCGGUUAGUGAUUGAUUCCCCCCUUUGUUUAUAUUGAUGCAUCUUUCGCUUCUUCACACCAUUCCUCGGCCAGUUCAUCCCAACUUUCCAUAACAUUGGCAAGAGAAUAACAAUGGUCAAAGAAACAGCCUAUUAUGAUGUAUUGGGUGUCAAUGUUGAUGCAUCUGCAGCUGAAAUCAAGAAGGCUUAUUACCUCAAAGCAAGGCUUGUUCACCCCGAUAAAAAUCCUGGAGAUCCAAAAGCUGCUGAAAAUUUUCAGGCACUUGGUGAGGCUUAUCAGGUUCUAAGUGAUCCUCAAAAGCGUGAAGCAUAUGACAAACUUGGAAAGGGAGGAGUACAACCGGACUCAAUGGUAGACCCUUCAGCUGUGUUUGGGAUGGUUUUCGGAAGUGAUGUUUUUGAAGAAUAUGUUGGCCAACUAGCUCUGGCUUCUUUGGCAUCUAUUGAAAUUGAAAUCGGAGAUGAUUCACUUGAUAAGGAAGCUUAUAUGCAGAAAGUUCAGGAAAAGAUGAAAACAGUUCAGAAAGAAAGGGAAGAAAAGCUCAUCUCAUUACUGAAAAAUCGUCUUGUGCCAUUUGUUGAAGGUGAAACUGACGAGUUCAUUAAUUGGGCAAAUUCAGAAGCACUACGACUUUCACAAGCUGCUUUUGGUGAGGCUAUGCUACAUACUAUUGGAUACAUUUACACGAGGAAAGCUGCAAGAGAACUUGGAAGAGACAAGCGAUAUAUGAAGGUUCCCUUUUUAGCAGAGUGGGUGCGUGGUAAAGGGCACCGCAUUAAAUCACAAGUUAUGGCAGCUUCAGGUGCUGUUAGUUUAAUUCAAAUACAAGAUGAGCUAAAGAAAGCGACUCAAGGAGAAAACAAAGAAGAGGACGUAGUGAAAGCCUUUGAAGAUAAAAAGGAUGCCAUGCUUCAAUCCCUCUGGCAGAUCAAUGUAGUUGACAUCGAGUCAACUUUGUCUCAUGUCUGCUCAGCGGUACUUAAAGACCCCAGUGUAUCGAAGGAGGUCCUGGUUUUACGGGCAAAAGGAUUGAAAAAACUCGGUGCAAUAUUUCAAGGAGCAAAAGCUGCUUACAAAAGAGAGAACAGUCUGCGCCAUGAAGACGAAAAAGCAAUAGGUGCUGGUUCAUCUUCUACAUGAUCAUCUGUGAUACUCCUGGCGGAUGGCGACAUCAUUGUCGAUAUAUGCAGUGUGUUUGAAGUAGUUGCGUGAAUUCUUUAAAGUAUAGUCAAACUUCGAUCGUAUUAAUUCAAUGACAUAUCGGAUUUCAGACGAGAA